UUCAGAGGAACAGGCAUUAAAGUUAGUUUUAACACAACAAUAGCUCCAUAUCAUCAGAUCAUUAUGUUAAAUUUGCUUAGUUAAGACUGAAUAAAAUUGAGUUAUGGUAGUUAUUAUUCAUGAAUUAUUAACCGAGACUUAGACUGGCCCAUUUCUCUCUGUACUUUAAGAAAUAGUCACACAAUGGACGUUUUCCGUUCACACAAAACGAAGCCAAACCAAAGGAAGCUCUGUGUCCUGGUUUGAAAGGGAACCAAACUGAAAGUAAAAAUACACAGACUGCCGGCGCUACUGGACAGACACCACUUGUGUGAGGACCGGACUUAUUUAUGGGACUGGCUAAUUUACGAUUUUCUAAAUGCCAUUUGUAAAUGAAAAACAGAUCCAGACCUGACUUGACUCGUGGUAGAAAAGUCAGCGAAACAUUUAAAGCAUUACAACGCGUAAUGACCUUCCCAGUCAAUAAUUCUGAAAUAAAAACCGGUGCAUGAAAUGUGGUCAGGGCAGCAUGCAUGUAAAUACACACUCAGACUAGACAAAUGCGGUAAUAAGGAACUUUUAUGAUACCGCAAAAAUAGGCCAGAGCCGUUCAACAAACAACCAGUGGUAACAUAUCGACUAAUGUAUGGCAGCUAAUUUGCUCUAAACAUUGAUAAAAGCCAGGGCUCUAAAAAAUAUUGUACCAUAUUCAACUAAUAUAGGAAUAUUGUUCAGUGAAGGCAACUGUUGUAAUGCUGAAUAUUCCAAUAAAUAUAAUAAGCACGUGCAUGUUGAAAUAUACAUUAGGUACAUUGUCAAAUACCCGGAUGGAAAUCGCUAUGGUGAUGAUAAUGUGCUGUAAGAGGGGAGAAGACAUAUCUCAUCACAUAUCUACUGUACUGAGCGAAUAAAUCAGACCUCGACAAAUAUAAACACAAAAUAUUUCAAAUGCAGAAGACAACUCAAACCCCCAUUGGUGCGUCUCUACUUGAUUUACGUCUUCAAGUCCUUUUUAAGGUGGGGAUUAUUUGAAGGGUCAUAUUUGUUGUCUUGAGUGAAUAGGGCCUUUACUGUAUAUGGGCUCACCAAAUACCAAAUCGAAGGGGGAGAAGUGUCGAUGUAUUCAAUUUACCACUUUAAAAUUCCAGUGUGAUUCGUAUUGUGCAAUCUCAUUGGAAGGAGAGAACGGCGAAAGAGAAGCGAGAGAAAAAACGCCUGCUCUCGAGUUUGCGCUGGGGUCCCCCGACGCAUGCAAUCACAGCCCCCCCUCCAGGGUGCUAUUUUGCAGGCACUGAAGCACGCUAUUGGUCAGCGCCUGGUCAGAUGGUACGGUUUCCCUCUGUCCCGCACUGGCACAUCGCCACCCAGCGCCCCCCCUCAACUAAAACCCAAUCUCCGAUAAACUACUAAUAGCUAAACCACUUGGACUAUAAAACACAACAAAUCAUAAACCAAGGAAAAGAACCUGUACCCUCCCAAUGAGUUCCUAUUUUGUAAACUCAACUUUUCCAGUGACUCUGCCUGGAGGACAAGAGUCUUUCUUGGGACAGAUACCGUUAUACUCCUCCGGAUACACUGAUCCUUUAAGACACUAUCCCGGUGCUGCCUAUGGCGCUACCAGUGUUCAAGACAAGGCGUACCCAUCCUCAUAUUACCAGCAGGCGAACGGUGCCUAUGCCCGGGCCAGCGCCGCCGGUGCAUGCGACUACGCAGCAGCCAGCUUUUACAGGGAAAAGGACCCCGCCUGCACCCUCGCCAGUAAAGAGGAACAUUCGCUCGUCCUGAGCCAAGACCAUCGCAAGACGGACUGCUCGGGGCAAAAUAAAAGCAUAUUCGGGGACAGCGAGGACCAGAAGCCCUCGACUCCCGUUUAUCCGUGGAUGCAGAGGAUGAACUCGUGUAACGGGACCUUCGGUAACCCCGGUCGAAGGGGUCGUCAGACGUACACCCGCUACCAGACGCUCGAGCUGGAGAAAGAGUUUCAUUUUAACAGGUACCUUACCCGUAGGCGCCGUAUCGAGAUCGCGCACGCACUGUGCCUAACAGAACGCCAGAUCAAAAUUUGGUUCCAGAACCGAAGGAUGAAGUGGAAAAAAGAGAAUAAACUGAUCAACUCUUCUCAGACCAGCGGAGAGGAAGAGGAAGAGAAGAGGUCAGAGUAAAGAAAAGAAGAAGACAAAAAAAAAACGCAUUAAAUGGCUUAUGGCGUCAUCUUCGGAUAUCCUACAAAUAUGAAGAUACUACUUUCAUAUGCCCAAAGUUCCCACCGGUGAAGUUGUGUUUGGUAAAUUUGUUGUAGCAUUCCAGAAGUUCACUUAACUGUCUAUUUUUUUAAUUGUCAUUUUAUGUUUCUC